CGAAGGGAGGGACAAAUUAGCUAGGGUCUUCGACGGGUGGACUCUAUGGCGGUCGCAAGGUCCAUCCCGAGUCAGUUAUUUCCUCUAGCUCGUUGUCCGAGGCAGGCUCCUCACCAUUCAGGAGAGAUCACAAUGUCACUUGGCGAGCUCCCCACAAUGACCCCAAUGCAGAGAUCAGGCAAAGUCAGUCUUGCAUGUGUUGUCGGGCUGCUCCUUUUCCGCGUUAACUUGGUUGCAGCUUUCGCAGUUUUCUAAGCAACAAGGCUUUUUCCAUAGACCUAUUCAAGAAUGGAUAUCGAAGCACAUUUGCGGCGAGCAUACUGGACUCAAAUUUGGCAUAAUCUGUUGGUCCAUUUGGCGGACCAGAAAUUAUCGCGUCUUUACAAGCAAGUUCGUAACCACUCAAACUUUUCUAUAAUGCGUCCUAGCAUGGAUUAAUUUCGUGCAGAUUUCCAUGGACAAAGACAUGCUUGUUCAUACCAGUCGACUGCCCAUCAGAACGGAGGUUGAGAUCUCUUGGAUGACGCCACCUCCUGAGUGGGUUACUCUCAGUUCAGACAACUCCCUUAUUUCAGAUUCAGGCCAUGUAGCGGCGGGUGCCCUGAAUCAAGAUAAUCUUAGAUGCUGCAUCGCAACAUUUGCUAUUAACUUGGGGAUUUGUCAUAUCACCCGAGCAAAAUUGAGAGGCAUUGUAGAAGGUCUUCAGCUGGCCUGCGACAUGGGUUAUCAUCGGGUUCGUUUGGAACUUGACUUGAGAUGUGCGAUCCUGCUCCUCCAGAGUAACAACAGGAUUGAUCAUCACCACAUCGCCAUCACUGACCGGUUCUAGGAAGUAAUCACCAAAAAUUGGAAGAUCUCUAUCUCUCACAUUUAUCGGGAAGGCAAUAAGUGUGUUGACUUCCUAGCUAGUCGAGGGCAUUCCCUUUCUUUGGGUUUCCAUUCUGUUUCAGUUGAUCCUGCUCUUUGUCCAUUCAUUUUGUAUGACUAGGCCUUUCCGAGCCUCGUCUUGUUGUGAUUGAAAGUUGAGAUGCUUUGCAUCCAUUCACCCAAAAUAAAUUCUCAUCAUCCAAAAAUUUAAUAGUACCACUGGUCCUUUCUAUACAUUAUUAAACAGACAACAACACAAUCCUGUUGCAAUCAUAUUGGAUCAUGCAAUUGUCAAUAUGAUUUGGAUUGAAGGAUUACCAUAAUGCAAAAUGAAAGUAGUCUGUGCUA